GUUAAAGCACAGGAGCAGCUAAUCCUCACAGACCUGUAGGAGCUGGAGUGGGAGCACCGCAAGGUUCUUUCUGAGUCCCUGGCUUCCCCGAAAGCUUCAACUCUGGAGGCGAUGGGGCGGAAGGAAGAAGAUGACUGCAGUUCCUGGAAGAAGCAGACCACCAACAUCAGGACCACCUUCACCUUCAUGGAAGUGCUAGGAUCGGGAGCUUUUUCAGAAGUUUUCCUGGUGAAGCAAAGGGUGACUGGGAAGCUCUUUGCCCUGAAGUGCAUCAAGAAGUCCCCUGCCUUCCGGGACAGCAGUCUCGAGAAUGAGAUUGCUGUGUUGAAAAAGAUCAAGCAUGAGAACAUUGUGACCCUGGAGGACAUCUACGAGAGCUCUACUCACUACUACCUGGUUAUGCAGCUUGUUUCUGGUGGGGAGCUCUUUGACCGGAUCCUGGAGCGGGGUGUCUACACAGAGAAGGAUGCCAGCCUGGUGAUCCAGCAGGUCUUGUCAGCAGUGAAAUACCUCCAUGAGAAUGGCAUCGUCCACAGAGACUUAAAGCCUGAAAACCUGCUGUACCUCACCCCUGAAGAGAAUUCUAAGAUCAUGAUCACAGACUUUGGUCUGUCCAAGAUGGAACAGAGUGGGGUCAUGUCCACUGCCUGUGGGACCCCAGGCUAUGUGGCUCCGGAAGUGCUGGCCCAGAAGCCCUACAGCAAAGCUGUGGAUUGCUGGUCCAUUGGCGUCAUCACUUACAUACUGUUAUGUGGGUAUCCUCCUUUCUAUGAAGAAACUGAGUCUAAGCUUUUUGAGAAGAUCAAGGAAGGCUACUACGAGUUUGACUCACCAUUCUGGGAUGACAUUUCUGAGUCAGCCAAGGAUUUUAUUUGCCACUUGCUGGAGAAGGACCCAAAUGAGCGGUACACCUGUGAGAAGGCCUUGAGGCACCCCUGAAUUGAUGGGAACACAGCCCUCCACCGAGACAUCUACCCAUCUGUCAGCCUCCAGCUCCAGAAGAACUUUGCCAAGAGCAAGUGGAGGGUAACCUUCAACACAACAGCUGUGGUACAUCACAUGAGGAAGUUGCACAUGAACUUGCACAGCCCAGGGGGCUGCCCAUGUAUGGAGAACAGGCCACCUGCCAUGCAAGCCUCAGAAGCCUCUAGCCUCAGCUCCCCUGUGAUCACCGUCACUGAAGCACUCACCCUGGAGCAGAGUGUGUGGCUCCCUUCCCUGUUCUGGCUGCCCUGCCAGCACAUCCUCCGACCCAGCGCCCCUGGUGGCAGAUCCCUCAACUGCCUGGUCACUGGCUUCCUGUGCAUUAGCCACAGCCUGGUGCCCAUGCAGCAGGGGCCCCUGACUGCUGGGCCCUGUGGCUGCUGCUCCAGCUGCCUGAGCAUUGGGAGCAAAGGGAAGUCCUCCCACUGCUCCGAGCCCACACUCCUCAAAAAGGCUAACAAAAAACAGAACUACAAAUCAGAGGUCAUGGUGCCAGUCAAAGCCAGCGGCAGCUCCCACUGCCGGGCAGGGCAAACUGGAGUGUGUCUCCUCAUGUGAUCCCCAGCUCAUCCUGAAGUUUUCAGAAGAGGUGUUCCACUCUUCUCUGCCCCUCCAAACCUGGCCUCUACUCUGCAGUGGAAGGAAGAGGGAGCAAGCAGAGCAGGCCGGGCAGGAGCAGUUUCUGGUCAGAAGCAGCCAACGGCUGCCGCCUGGAGCAGAUGCUCUCAGAAGGCCCAGGAGUGAGCCCCAGGGCGUGGAGGCCUCUCCUGCCAACAGGAGGAGCAGCAUCUGAGGCUCCCAGGUCCCCCUGACCUGCCCGCCCUGUGCCCCACACCCUGCGUGCCAUGGCUCAGUGCAGUGCACGUAGAUUGCUCUUGCCAAGCCUGUGUUGUUCGUCAUGAAGAGCUUAACAGGCUGGCCAGGCUGUGUCACCUUCUCCAAGCAAAGCCAUGUGGACCACCUACCCAGACUCCCUGCUCAGCACACCCUCCCUCCCGCCUCUCAGGCCUCAUUGUGGCCAGAAGGGCUCGUGAAUGUCAGUGCCUGCCCAUCCGCAUGAGUGGCAGGCAGCUCCUGGUCUGUGGGCUCUCAAGCUCAAAUGCUGAACUCGGAUAGGCUCCUGACUGCACCGAGACCAGGCCACCCUCCUGCCAGCACACUUCCGAACCACCUCCCUCCCUGCCCCCGUCCAAAAACAGCACCCAGCCUCCAACAUGACAAAGAAAGAAAUCCUAGGUACUGUAAGGAGUUAUUAUCCUGGCCAGAUGCCCUCCACACACACCCAAUCUAGUAAAAGCUGGAAGUUGACUGGUUUAAUUUCAGCCAGUGAUUCCAAUCCCGCUUCUGCUCCCUUCUGUCCACAAAAAUCAGGCACAUUAUUCUUGUCCCUUCCCCCUCCCCAGUUUUCUUGCCCCCUCCAACCUCAUGUUCGGUGUCAUGCUUAAUAAAA